AUGUCUCACAGGGAGUCGCCUCCGCCGCCCUCGCCACCUCCGCAGCUGCUGGGAGUGCGGAGUGGAGAGGUGGAGCGCGAGGACCGUCCGGAGCGUGCCGAGCCGCUGUCCGACGCCGAGAGGGAGAUCAUCCAGGACACGUGGGGGCACGUCUACAAGAACUGCGAGGACGUGGGGGUGUCUGUGCUCAUAAGGUUCUUUAUCAACUUUCCAUCGGCCAAACAGUACUUCAGCCAAUUCCAGGACAUGGAGGAUCCAGAGGAGAUGGAACGAAGCUGCCAACUUCGGCAGCAUGCCUGCAGGGUGAUGAAUGCCAUCAAUACCGUGGUGGAGAACCUCCAUGACCCAGAGAAGGUGUCAGCAGUGUUGGCUCUGGUGGGAAAGGCCCAUGCCAUCAAACACAAGGUGGAACCCAUGUACUUCAAGAUCCUGAGUGGUGUGAUACUUGAGGUGAUGUCUGAAGAAUUCCCUGAGUUUUUCCCGACAGAGGUGCAGAUGGUGUGGGCCAAACUGAUGGCGGCGGUGUACUGGCAUGUGACAGGUGCCUACACAGACGUGGGCUGGCUCCAGGUCUCCAGCUCAGCGGUGUGAAGAGCUUGGAAGAAGAGGGGGUGCAAAGCCUUCAUUGCUGUGGAGUUUCUACACCAACAUUCCCAGAGAUCACUUGGACACAAAACAAUGUAGCCAGACAACAUUUUACUUCUACUUUAAUGAAGUUCUAGCCAGUGUAAAGUGGUACUUUUGUCUGUGUUUUUAGCCAUGGAGGCUAUCACUGCUAAUGCUAACUAUCACAUUCUUCUUCAUUGAGAAACAAACGACUGUUGCUGCCAACACAUAUCAUCAUUUGACCCAUCACGAAGCCUCUUAGUUAUUGUUACUAGGCCUGUCAAAGUUUCCAAACUAGUCACUUGUACAGUUUACAAACGUAAUGGUGUCAAAUUGUCACUCACAAUUCCUGGUCAACUUUGAAACAAUGGCUCCUUCAUUUCAGACAGAUGUACGCUUUCCAUUUCCAGCUACAACAACUGUCAAAACAACAGUUUUGUAUCAACUAUUGCUAGCUUGCUAAUUAAUGUGAGCCAAGUAAUAUAUUUGAUAACGCUAUUUCCAACCAACUUAUUGAUCAAUCAGGCCAUGUAACAGCAAAAUCAUAUUAUGCUCAAGGACCAAAAGUAAAAACAUCCUCACCAUGAAACUAUGUAGGCUACAACACAUGUAGACAACGGUGGAGCAUUGCUAUUGUGACACAGCUAUGUACAGUAGUUAUAUCAUUAUGGUACAAUAUGAUCGUUAAAGAUGUGAAGAAAAAUACAAUAUUAUGGACAGUUUUCUAAAGGAAAUGUAAAGGCGCUGAGGUAGGUUAUAUGUAAUAAGCUAGUUAGCCACAUAUGCUAACAUUUUCAGUUUAACACCCUCUUGAAUCUACUGCACUAUUUAAACUUUUGGUGUUGUGCUUUUGUUUGAAAAAAAGGAAACAGCACCCUCCAAACUCAUGAAUACCAUCCUGUAAAUUGAUCUUUGCUGCAGCUUCAUACGGACCGCUUAAGCAUGUGGAGAAAUCUAAAGCUGCGUGUUGUUACAGAUAAGCUAACGUUCUGUAGGGCUAACGCUUUUCAGGGUACGGUUUAAUGAACGGUCAUCCGGGGAUAGCAGACAUCUAUUUAUACAAAAACGUCGCAGAUUAUUACUUUACAGAGUUACUGUUUUGAGAGAAACAUCUUCAGGCAAAGCCACACAUAUGAAUACACCUCAUGAUAUUUUGAAAAAGAGAUUAAGAAGUGUUGUAGACAGGAAGUCAUUUUUCAGCUCUGAGAUGAGGGAUGUUGGAGCCCCAGCUGUGGGACCAUGGAGCUGCUGACUGUUAAUAGAUUAUAUUUGUGUCCUACUACAGUAUAUCCUCAUGUUUAAGGGACCUGUAGCCCUUUCUCUCUAUAUUGAUGCAUUGCGUGCUCUUAAUGUCUUGUUUAACUUUACCAAGCUGUUGUUUGUAUAAGUGUACAGUGGGCAAGUGUGCAUAUUCUUCUUCCUUCGUUUACAACUCAUUGACACGUCGUGGCUGCUGACGUGUCUUAGAGGGCUGUUUUUUUUUCUUUGCUAAAAGUCUCGGUCUGGCAACAAUGCUUUUAAAUGUCUUCUUGCCGAUCACUGUCAUUACACAAACAUUGGAAAAAGUGCGUCGGAAAAAUAUCAGCGGGUGGACACAAUCAGCAGCCGCACAAGGACACGCUCACACACAUGCUAUAAAGACCUCCCCUGUGCUAAUAUUUAGAGGACUGUCGGUUGGUUUACCUCUUCUAAACCCCAUCAGAGAGACGCAAGGCAUUAACGGCUCCAUUAAGGGCUUUAGCAAGUCACUCUGGAGGUCUACGUUAAAAACAAGUCAGCUUAAGAAGUGCAAUCAGUCCAUUUCCUUAGAUCUCUGAUCCAUCUAACACAAUAAAUUACAACCAAAUACAUCCAAAUACAUGAAAUGCAUUGCACAAAUUGUACUGCCUCUGCUCUGACAUGAACAGGAUGCUUUCUUCAUUUUUGACAUGGGGAAUGUUGGAAGCCUCACAGUUUCUCUCUAAACUCACAUGCAGCAUACUCAGUUGCCCCUCCUCAAACCUGCUGCAUACUGUCAAACUAACUCCCUUUACCUGACUGUUUAUAACAUCCUCCUCUUGUCACCGGCGGUUCAGUAAUCAGAGACUUUGGACUGCAUGCACUCCGGCUAGCUGUCCCCAUCUGUGAGUCUCUCUGGUCAAUUCCCAAACAUACACGGAAAAUCUGUUUAGGAUGGAUAUUUGAUCCAAUCUUCAGUUUGCAUCUGCGCCACUGACGUCCUGUAUCUCCCAUCUGACCCCUUGGCAUCGGCAUCUGGCUUUAAUGAGGAAGUAAUGAGUCUCCUCUCCUCCUCAUUUGGUCAUUCAUCUACUGUAACUUCCCGUUGCCUCCGUUAGAGCCGCGUCACUGACCAAAAACAAUUAUGACUGGACAGAUGGUCAUAAACACUGCACCGCGCCAUUCAUGAUACUUCUUUCUAAAAAUGUCUUUCAUUCACUUGACAUAAUGUUUUAAUUGACUUCCUGAAAGUAUUAAUGACAUGUCAUGCCUCGCCUUAGACCUGGUGUUUCCAAACCUUUCCUGUCAAGCUUCCCUUUGGAAGGCAGACAAAUUCAUGACCAUUCAGUUCUGCAUUUUUCUUAUUGGUCUCUUUCAUGCAAAUGUAAGAAAAAUAAACAGUAAACUCAAAGACAAGAAAUACUUAUAAUAUUAAUAUUCAUUUUGGAUUGGACUGAUGUGUUCAUCUCGCCAUUGAAUGGCAUUAUAGUUUAAUUUACUUCUGUGUUUGGAAGGCAAAGUGUCUUGUUAUCUUGAUAUUAGAGUAAGAUAAGGAUAUAAUUAAGCUGCUAUAGAAAAUAAUCCUGAGCUAAAAAGAUAAUUUAACUUGUGAUCAUGAUAACCGGAUAACAACAAUAAUUGCAACCACAGCCUGGCUUCCGUCUCGGUAAAAACUGUCUGUUUCCAGUCAAAAUAAGUUUACUAAGAGCUCUCAUUAAACAAGUUUAUUUUAAAGUUCAACUGGAGAGCCGUAAGCUAAUAAAUGGAUAGCUUACUGUGACUCCUGUGUUUGACUCAAAGGAGUCAAACAAACCUCAAAGUGAGCUAUUUCCACUUUCACUCAAAGAGCUCAGAAGGCAGUAAAGCUGUUGUCAGCCAUAAAUAUUCCAUUUUCAAAAUACACACCAGUCCUAUUCUUUGCAUUUCUUCUGCUGUCGGCGUCCCUCUGAGGUCAGACCUCAAGCAGCUCCGGGGUUCAGGAGUAUUUUUGUUCCCCCGACAUCUUGUUUAUUAAACACUUUGUGGCGUGAAACAUGUCUGCAAACACACAGACGGAUAUGUGCUGUUGCUCUGGCUAAACUGCAGGAUUCGUGUCCCUUUUCGUCUUUAAGUAGCACACACACACACACACACACCAGAUAAUUAUGUGCAAACACAUCCUAAUAACGCUCAGUCGCUUUCUUUAUCACUUUUCACACACACACACACACACACACACACAUAUGGUCUUGCAUUUAAUGGGAGAGUUGGGCGUGUCCUUGCAUGCCAAGUGUUCUACAGACACACCUAAUCCAAUAUAAAUUUGUAAUCAUUUUAAGACAAACAAUUUGACAAAUUUGGCUCAUCAAAUAAUUUCCCACAUUCAUUCUCAAAUAAGGGCAUCACAGCAUAUGUGUAUUUUGUUGUGCAAUGUUUCUGUCUAUAUAUCAGUUUAAAAGUUAGGACUUUAUAUUUUUCUAAAUAUAUAUCUAUGAGAAGGAUUCUAUGUAUUUGAAUACUCUAUAUGAAUAUGUCAUUGUGUACUGCGUUGUUGGUGGGAGCGAAUUCAGUGGCUUUGUAGUGUUUUGAGCAUGUUUGCACAACCUACCACAUACUUGUACCUCCACAGACCUGGGGGAAAUGAAUCAUGACCGUCAAUAAAAUAUACUUGUAAAUUUG